GAAAAUGAUCGGUUCACUCUCUCCGUCUUGCAGCAAUCAAGACCGAAAAGAAAAAUGGCAAGAAGUAAAAAAUUUUCUUGUAGCUCACGGUCUUUCUUCUACUGUUUCAAUUGAACAUAUUCGGACAACUGAGUGGCAAAACCUGAGGAGAUCAACGAUAGAUAAGUUUAAAAAACUCAACAAAUCUGGUGCUGAAGGUGGCCAACUAUCUGACUAUGAAUGCACUGUGAUGGACAUCAUAGGAAAAGAAUCAGCACAUAUUCUCCCAGUCAAAGUUGAUGACAUGAGAGUUGGAAAAAAGGUUUUGACCAAAAACCUCGCCGGUGAUGCCAUUCUAACUAAAAACAUUUCUUCAAAUAACUUUGUGGAUAUCCCAGACCCAGGUGCAUCCUAGUAGAGAAUACUUUGCUGUUGGAGAAAAAGGAUAUAAUCCCUCAAUUUUUAUUUAUAAUUAUCCCACUUUAAAAUGUUACAAAGUUUUACGCGAGGGAACUACGAUGGCAUAUACUAACCUUGAUUUUUCAGUCAGUGGAAAAUUGUUAGCAUCAGUUGGAAGUGCUCCUGAUUACAUGUUGACUAUAUGGGAUUGGAGAGAGGAAGUUACUAUCCUUCGAUCUAAAGCUUUUGCUCAAGAUAUAUUUAGAGUAGCAUUUUCUUUGGAAGAUGAAGGUCGUCUUUGUACUAGUGGUGUUGGUCACAUUAAAUUUUGGACAAUGGCUCACACAUUUACUGGUUUAAAGCUUCAGGGUGAUUUAGGAAAGUUUGGAAUUACUGAGAUAUCUGAUAUUUCAGGAUUUGUUGAGUUACCUGGAGGCAAAGUUUUAUCAGGGUCAGAAUGGGGAAACAUGCUUUUGUGGGAUGCUGGACUUAUUAAAGUUGAGAUUGGUCGCAAAGAUAAAAAGUCAUGCCAUCAAGGAAACAUUGAGCAGUUUUUCCUAGAUGAAGGUGAAUUAAUUACAAUUGGAGUAGAUGGUUUUGUUAAGGUUUGGGACAUUGAAAGUAUUGAAAAUGCUGAUUCAAAAGAAGAAAAUAAAAUCUUCGAGUUAGAGCCAAUGUCUGAGCUUAAGGUCGGAAAUGAUGCACAGUUGCUAUGGAUGGUAAAAUCAGCUGAAGGAGUAGGAUCAAAUAUUUGGUAUGCACAAGAUGCCUGUGGUGGAAUAUGGCAGCUUGAUCUUUCCUUUUCACACAUUAGUCAAGCUCCUUUGAAGAUAUUUUCUUAUCAUUCUGGUAAAAUAAAUGCAUUAGCAAUGUGUCCAAAUGCACACUGCAUUGUAACAACUGGUGAUGAUGGUAGCGUACGCUUGCAUGAUUAUGAGUCAAAGCAAACACUGUGUGAGCAGAAGUUUAAUGCAGCUGGUUGUUCUGCAUUGUGGAUACCUCAAUCGGUUAAUAAAGAGUCUUCAUCAUUUUUAGUGGGCUUUAGCGAUGGUGUGGUUCGCUGGUUAAAUAUAAUUAAAAACUCAAACAAACAUCAUAAGUUGUCUGAUUAUUCAUUUAAUUUAAAGCAAGCUAUCAAACCACACUCCAAAAAAGUUACAUGUAUAUCUAUGCAUAACCAAGGAAAGUUGUUAGCUACUGGGAGCGAAGAAAGAACAAUUUUUUUCUUCAGUGUUGGAUUAACUCUAGAAAGUAUAGGAUUUGUGAAUGUUGGGGAUUGUGUAGUUUCCCUUCAGUGGUCUAUUUAUAUGAACAAACUUCUUGUUGCCUGUCAAAAUGGAACAGUUUUGGAGUUAGCUGAACCAGACAGAAAAAAUGAUACAUCUGUUACUUACGAAAUUUCAUUGAAGUAUAUGCUGAUUAAUGAAUUUCAUUUUGAAAGUGUUAAAGCUGACAUUUUGAGAUUGGAAAUAGAAGCUAAAAGAGAAAAAGAACGAAUCGAAAAAGAAAAUUUUAAAAAACAAAAUCCGGAUGCUAAAGAAGCUGAAGAAGAAACUGUUUUAGAAAAUGAAAAUGAAGAAAAUAGCAUGCCUGAGAAGCAUCCUCAAGGCAGUGUACUUAGAUGUAUCUAUGGCUUUGAUUACAAGCACUUCAUAUUAUUCUUGGAUGGAUGGGACUCUGAUUAUUUUUACAUUUGUAAAUUUGAUAACACAACAAAUAUUUUGGAUUCUGUUAAAGCAAUCAAGAUGGUGGGCAUAAACGAUUACGUUUCUGUUACAUCUUUUGUAAUCAGUUCUGCUGCUGGUUCAAAUUAUGUAAUUAUGGGUCUUAAUGAUGGUUCUUUACGAAUGCAGAAGUUGCAGUCAAAUUCAUUUGAAAGCUUAUCUUCUGAAUAUUGGUCUAUUAACAUUCAUGACAAUCAAUAUGGAGUCAUUGCAAGUGUGGGUAUAAGUUUUGAUAGCAGAUAUGUAGUUUCUGCAGGAGAAGAUGGAAACCUGUUUGUUUUUAAAUUUACUAAAGCAUCACAAGUGCAGCCAUUGGUUUUGAAUGUUGAUAGCAAGUUGGACUGGAAUUUUAACUCUGAGCAUGUUAAGCAAGUUUAUGACAUUAAAGAUUCAAAUCAUUAUAGUAUUGAAAUGGAAAAACAAAAGGCUGAAAAUGACAAGUUAAUGCAACUAGCACAAGAAAAGAAGGACAAAGUUAGAAAUACAAUAUUUAACUUGAGGCAACAAUUUAAAGCUUUAAAAAUGAGAAAUGAAGAACUUCCUUCAUAUAUACAAUUAAGUCCUGAAGAUUUUAUAAUUGACACUCAAACACAUGCAAAUAAUGAGCAGGAAACUAAUGCAAAGAUUGAACAAUUAAAAAUGGAAAUGGCGUGGGAGACAGAGAAGCAUAGUAUAGGAUUACAUAAACUUCAAGCAAAGUAUAAGAACAUGAUUGAAUAUGAACUAAUUAUUCUCCAUGCAUUCAUAUCUGGGCAGUCAGUGAGCUCGUUCCGUCUAAGUAAAUUGGAAGGCAGUUUUUAUUCUUUAGCACAAAGUCAGCGUAAAGAAAAUGCAGCUCAAUCUAGUCGUAAAAUUUCUGUUGGAUUUCGUGGACCCAUAAAACCUAUGCAGUUAGAAAAAGAAACAAAAAGCAAUCUCUCUCUUAUUAGUGAAAAGUCUGUGCAAAAACUGGAUAGUAAGAUAGCAAAAAUAAUUGAAAAAGCAGAAGAGAGAAAACAAAAAAGAGUGAAUAGGCAAAAAGAGUGGGAAGAGUUUUACAAGAGUAAGCCUGACAAAACUUACGAGGAUCCAGAUGAUCUACAAACAAUUAAACUUGCAGAACAGACUAUAGGAGAUUUUAAGUUAAAAACAGCAGAUGAUUAUGUUGUACCCGAGCAUCAAAGAGUAAAUGCUGAAAAGAAAUCAGCUCAACUGCUAGAUCUAAUGCAAAAGAUACAUGACAUUAAAAAAUCUUUCAAUGAUCAAGUAAUUGGCCUAAGAGACAAGAAGUUGAAUGUUUCUGAAGAAUUAAGGAGCUUAAUUGAAGCUACAAUGAAGAUAGAAGACAAACUUGGUGAUGUUUCUCGUUUACCUGAAAUUGUAUUUACACAUGAUGAAGAAGUACCAGAGAAAAAGUAUAAUUUUACAAAGGAAGAUUUUUUGAAGUUUUCUAAAGAUGUUCUUGGUAUUGACAAUACGUUAAAAUAUGAAAGUGAUGCAAUUCUAAUAACUAACAAUGAUGUUACCACAACAACAGAAUCAAAUUUGACUGAUUUCACAAAAUUUUGUAUAUGUUUGCAGCCUGAUUCAGACUUUCAGUGUAAUGCAACACAAAAAAAUCGCUCACCUUUAGAAAUUGCAAUUGAGAAAGAAGAAGUUAUACGGUUAUCAUACAGAAGAGAUGAGCUUUUAAAAAAAAUCAAUGAGAAAAUAUCUUUGUUUGACAAUGAAUUGCUUGAACUUCAAAAAACAAAAAUUUCUCUUGAUGUCAUUAUGAAAAAUGCUGAAUUGAGACAAAUAACUUUGUUUCAAGAGUUAAUGCUCCUGAAAGAUUUUGAAAAAAGGGAGUUGGAUCUUGCUGACAAAGUGAAUAGUAAAGUUCAAAAAAAAGAAGAAAUUGAAGAAAAGGUUGCUGAGAGUGCUGCUUUAUUACAAAAUAGAGCUGAUGAGCUAGAAAAAUUACAAGAGAAAGAAAAAGCAGUAUAUAAUUCCUUUAUUAAGGUGUUGGGUGAAAACAAUAAGUUUGAAAGUUUCCUUACAAAAGUGUUUAAAAAAAAAGUCAAAAGAACAAAAAAGCGAAACAGCCCAGAAAACAGUGUUGAAAAAGUAGCUUCUAGUGAAAAUAGCGAGAGUGAAGAUAGUGAUACUGAUGAUACUGAUGAUGAAUACAAUGAAGAAGAAGAUGAUGGAAGUGAGGAAGAGCUUGAUUUUAGUGUUUGUCCACAAGGAUGUGAUCAGGCAAUCUUUGAUCAAGUUUGUGAACUUCGUGAAAGAAAAAUGGAUUUAGAGGAGAUCUCAAUAGAGGCGAAAAAGAGUUAUGAUGUGAUGAAGAGAGAUUUUGAUGCAUUAAUAAAAAAGGAGAAAAUGAUAGAGGCAGCUCUUAUUAGUGCUGGAACAGAUCUUGAAAGUUUUCAGCGUGAAAAGCAGCAAAAACUAAAUGAGCUUGAUGUUGUGGUGACUCUUAAACUUGACCAAAUCCAAUAUGUUGUGAACAAAAAGCUUCCACAGGAUCUUUCACAGUGUUUAGUAUUUAAACAAGAAAAUUUAGAUAGGUUGGAGACACGCAUCAAAGAACUGGAUAAAGAGAAAAACAAGGAAAAGCAAAUAUUUAAAGAGCGGAAGAAACAACAUGCUCAGAUGAUCAGAGAGAGAAAAGAUUUAAAAAAUAAGAUUCAGAACUUAGAUGAAAAAGUGCAACAAAUGCAGAUGUUAAAAUUUGGUCGCUUAGUUGACUUAUCUAAAUUAGAGUUGGUAUCAGUUAACAGGGCAGCUGAGGAAUUAAAAGAAAAACUUAAAAAACAGAAGAUGCAGUACUCAAAAGAAAUUUAUGAAUGGAAUAAGCACAUAGAGAGCUACCGAUCUGAAUUAAAGAAACAUAUUUGCGAAAACACAAAGUAUGUUGAUAUGUAUACUAGUCUUCUUCAAGAACAACGGACAUUAGAACAACAACUUGACAAUAAGCAAAAGAGACUUGGUGCUCUCUUUCGGGGAAACGAAAAAUCAGAAGCAAAAGAACGCAACAAAUUUGUUCAACAGGCUCGAUUCCAGGCUCAUGAAAUCGAUCUUCUGAAAAAAGAAAUUCAUACCUUGUCUCAAAAGGGUGGAAAGGUUGUUUCCAGUCGCUUUGAAUCAAACGUAGAAGUUUAAUAUAAAAAGAAAUAUUUUGUUUUUUUA